AUGAAUGCAGAUGCAUUCAUUAGACAAUGUUGGAAUGAAAGAAUCAAUGGAGAUGAUUUCUUAGAAAGAGUAUUAAGUACAUAUCAAGGAAUCACGCCAGACUUCAUUUGCCACUUAGCUUCCAUUUGUGGAACAUCUGGCAAUUUUUUUCCAGAGUUAAUCGAUUAUUUAUUAGCUUUAUUUACUCAUGAUAUCGCUCUGUCUACACGGUCAAUACAGAUUGAUGAUCAAAAUCAAAUUAACGGAUGUAUUCUAAUGUUUAUUAGGUACGGAGAUAGAAUUUUUAAUACAGAAAAGCAUGGAGAAAUCGAAAAUUGCGCUAUUGCUAUUAAAGUUUUAGAAAUUUGCUCUGUUUGCGCAGAUAAAGAACAAAAAUUUGAAGCUUUGUUUACAUUAUCGCGAUCACCAAUACUUUCUAUCAAUAUUGCAACAGCUAGAUAUUUCAAACCCGAUGAAUUUAACCGAAUUCAAGGUUUAUUUAAAGAUAUAAAUAUUUUAGAGUCAAAAAGAAAUGUUACUCAAUUGCAAAAACUCUUCGACUAUGCAUUGAAAACAGAUAAAGUUAUACAACAGUUCCAUAACUUUUCAAAAUUUGAAUUUAUUUCUUUUUAUUCUUCAGCAAUUCGCAUAACUCGAACGCAGCAUUUAAUUCCACGACAUUCAGGCUUAGUUUUCUACAAAGUGAUUAAUCUUGCUUUGAUGAAUUCUUUCUUAGAUCAUCCUUCUUUAACAGAUGCAGUUCUUAUCACUACAAUUCUUCCUCAGUUCUUUUAUUUGAGGGUUAAAAACCAAGAUCCAAAUGUCCAUAUUAAGGUUUUCAACAAAGAAGUCUUUAUUAGUGCACUUAAAAGCCAAUCAUCGAAAAAUUGUUUCCCAGCAGGGUGUGAUGAAGAAAAGUUAAUAGAAAUAUUCACAAGAAUGCCAGAAUCAGUUGAUUAUGAUAAUUUACUUGAAACAAUUUUCAAUUUUCCAGCUUAUUCAUACAAUUUUUUAGAACCAUUCAAAGCAAUCAUACAAUCUGAUAAUUUACAAAGAAUUAAGAAGAUUAUAGCUGAUUUGGAGAAGAAUAUUCUCGAUAUUGUAUUUUAUAUCAAGCAAAUGGACCAAUAUCAAGAAUAUUUCUCAUUAAUCUUUGACCAAAUGAUACAAAAUCAAUAUGACUUGGAAAAAUACUCCAUUUUAAGUGGAUUUUUCUUUUUAUUGAUUAAAAAUUUCAAAAGAUCAGGCUGCCCUUAUGAAAUUGAUCAAAUUAAGAAGUUUACCAAUAACAAAGAAGCAACAAAUCCAUUAGAAAUAUACAGUUUGCGCUAUUUCAACAAUGAUAACUUUAAAAUGUCAGAGAAUCAAAAUACUUUUGCAGAAAUUAUGAAUGAGAGAUCAAAUUUAAUCAGAACUAAUAUCUAUAUCAACUAUCUAUUGAAGGAAGGAGAAAAAGAUUACGAAGAAAUCAAAAAUAUUUUGACUCAAUUUCCUUAUUUGUGGCCAAUGACCUUUGUUUGGGGAUCCAGACAACCAAAAUUAGUCUCUCAGCAUCUAAUUAAGAUCAAAUUCCCAGAUACAGAGUUGAAUAAUUUCUUAUUCUCUCAAAUGAUGCUUUUGGUACGAGGUCCAAUCACCACUUUACUUUUUAGCAACUGUGACUAUGAAAUCCUUAUAUCAAUGCAAAAUAAGGAGUUCUUUUUUGAGCCAUCAAACACUCCAACGCCAUUUCUCUUCCCAUUGGACUCUUGGAUGUUCGCAAGUAACUUGUACUCCAUGAUUAUUAUUCUCCGAUCAUGGCUGACCAUCUUUGGACCAGUAAAACUCGUUGAAGGUUCAUUUUCGAUGAUAAACAGGAGCCAUUUACUUUUAUUAAGGGAUAAAUUGCCUGGAGAACUGCUUAUUUCUUACGCUUUCGUCAUGUCAAUUGUUUGCGAUGACCAAGUUUCGAUUAUGAUGGAAAUAAUGCGUUGUGUCGAGAAUAUUUUGACAGAAAACAUAAAUUUGAUCAAAGAUGGCGAGAGAUUAGCUUAUUUCUGCUUAGCCAUUGUAAUUGCGAACUCAGAAGGAAGUGAAGAAAGAAUGGAUUUCGUUCUUGACCUUUGCAAGAGGAUUUUGGCCAAUAAAAAGGAUGAAACUCAGAUAAGAAUUGACUUCGCGCACAAUUUCAUAAGAAAAGCCAUUUAUUUGCCUGAUUUUCAUGAUAGAAUUCCAAUAGAACUCAUGGAAUUAUUAGUAAUCAAAGGUGACUAUAAAGGAUUGGUUGAUUUCUUUAUUAUAAGAUCUCGUAAACUAGAGAAUCCUUCCAAUCAUGAAUAUCCGGUCAACUAUUAA